AUGAUUUUUGGACUCUUCAAUUUCUUCUCUUUGACUAUUCUUUUAUUGAACUUUGGCCUAGUGUUUCCUUUAUUCAAUAUGGCGUGGGAGUGCGGUGCCUCAUCAAAUGCAGCUCUUGUUCGAAAUUUAAAUCUGGCGGGGAUUAUAUCGAAGCCGCGGGCAAUUGAAGCGAUGAAACACACCGAUCGCAAGUUUUAUUGCCCUCACUUCUCUUAUGCAGACUCACCACAGACUAUAGGGUAUAGUGCUACUAUAUCCGCUCCCCAUAUGCAUGGUAUUGCUCUGCAAGAGUUGGAGCCGAAGCUUCAACCGGGUAACAGAGCUUUAGACAUUGGUUCAGGAAGCGGGUAUUUGGUGGCUGCUAUGGCUCGUAUGGUAGGAAAAACAGGUUAUGUUAAAGGUGUUGAGCACAUACAAGGACUCGUCGAUUUGUCAAAAAAGAAUUUGCAAGAAGACGCAAAACAUGACCCGUUGAUUGAUUACAUGGUGGAGCAUAAAAGGAUUGAGGUUGUCCGUGGCGACGGAAGGCUAGGUUCACCUGAAGAUGAACAGUUCGAUGCAAUCCACGUAGGUGCUGCUGCCUCCGAACUUCCAAAACGGUUGACUGAGCAACUGAAAAUCCAUGGGAAAAUGAUUAUCCCGGUGGGAACAGCGUUUCAGGAUAUAUUUGUAUACGAUAAACACGCUGAUGGAAAGCUUUCAAAAAAGUCCUUGUUUUCUGUACGUUAUGUACCUUUGACUGAUCCUCCAAGUGAUUAUGAAGAUAUGUGA